GCUUAGUUGUGGUCGUGAGCUGCGCGGGCUUCCGCAGCCCCUCCUCCACUUGUGCUUCUGCCCUUGUCAAGCUAUUGCAUUGGCAUUCCAAGAUCGAGUUUGUCUGUCUCCGGUGAAACAUCAUGGCAGACCCCAUCAAUCCUCCUCUUUCGUACGAGGCAUCUGCCUCAACGUGCCACCCCCAUGUAGCAAGCACCUUGCCCACUGAGGUGGUGACUAGCCUCAAGAAUUCGCGCUUCCUUCAUCUUGCAACCACCGAUGGCAUGACCCCCCACAUCUCUCUCAUGUCAUACACCUACCUGCCCUCCACUCCGUUUGACCCAUACCCUACGAUUAUUAUGACCACCAACACAUCCUCUCGCAAGACCAACCACCUCUUGACAAACCCGCGAGUCUCCCUGUUAGUCCACGACUGGGUCUCUCAUCGUCCCCCUACUCGCGCACCCAACCCCGGCGGUGACCGAGAGGGAUCUCCGCCACCCGCGGCCACCCGGUCAUCCUUGGCUAGCUUGCUGCUGAACCUGAAUACGAGUGCACUGUCGAGCAUCUCCACGACGAUUGCCGGUACCGCCCGGGUUUUGGAGCCUGGUUCUGAAGAGGAGGAGUGGUGCAAGACGCAGCACCUAGAGAACAACACCUUCGAGGAGGAAAUCGGCACGUUCGGACAGCAGCUGCAGCAACAGCCAGGAGCUCGACGACCUAGUAUCUCGAUUGACAGCGACGUGCGAGUGGUUACCGUGCAGGUGCGCGAGGGACGUAUUGCGGACUGGAAGGGCGGAGUGCGUGACUGGCAGUUGGUUCGGGAGAAUGAGAACUUGAUCAAUGGGGUUGCGCCUGCAUAAUUUCAAAUUGAUUCAAUUCUCGAAUUGUCUAAUUGUCCAGACCUUUGCCUUGUCCAUAUGUACUAGAGGUUUGGAGGUAUAUGUCCAAGAGUCUAGGGGACUAUUCGUAACAUUCCACUAUAUCAAGUC